ACUUGUUGUUGUUGAUUCGAGCUGUUGUGUUACACCAGACGGAAAGUGUUAAUUGGUGAUUCUUCGGUUUUAAAUUAUAAGGUUAAUGUGAUUAGACGACAAGGUUUACAAGUGAUCGAUGUUUGAAUGACAGCUUUUGUUAAUAAGGAGUGCUAUGUAUGUACUUAUUGAUUCGGAAUGAUAUACAAGGACGUUUGUAGCGAAGUAGUGUAGUAUCGUCGAUCGACAUGAACUCGUCUAUUGGGACAGGAUCGAAUUACGAGAAAUGCUCUAAGAUGGCAACUCGGGAGCCGGCAGAGUUUCUGCCCGUGGCAGUGACAACAAAUUGCGUUUACUAUGAUUCACAAGCUGCAAGCUGCGGAGACUCUUCUUCAGAUUCACGUUCGCCAGAGACUACUUCAGCAAAGGCUAGCGAUCGUGCUUCUCGAAUCAUUGCAGAAAAAACUCGUCGCAGCCAGUACAAUGCAUUAAUCCAUCAAAUGAAGUCUCUCCUAUCGGACAUUGCGCAUUCCCAACGGAAAGUUGACAAAACUAGUAUUUUGAGACACGCCGUCAACAAACUGCGUAACGAACACGUCUUUGGCGAUACCAUUAAAUGCUGCCAUCUAGAAACAUGGUCCCCUGCAUUUUUAAAGUUUUUUGAUCUCAUAGGAGGUAUCAUGUUUGCUGUCACUUGUCGGGGUCGCAUUUUUAUAGUUUCACCAAAUAUCCAAGAAAAAUUAGGUUAUUGCCAUAUAGAUUUAGUAGGCCAGGAUUUUUACAAAUAUGUUCAUGAGGAAGACAGAGAAACCCUACGUUGUCACAUUUACCCACCUGAACUUCAAACAGGCUGUGAUGAUCAACUUUUUGAACAUAACCAUAACUUUCAUAUUCGUCUGAUGAGAGCAGGAGCAAGGUCUGAUCAUCCCAGAUAUGAAAAAUGUCGUAUUAGUGGUAUGUUAAGAAAGUCUGAUAGAGCUACUGGGAAUGAAGUUCAAGAUGAGCAUGUAGUUAGAAGGCAAAGAGUACGGAAUAAUCGCACAUUUUCCUCCAGUGGAAAUGACUUUGUUUUUAUUGGUAUGAUACGUGUGCUUUCUAGCAACUUGCCAGCUCGAAUCUUGCCACCAACAGCUUAUUCUGAAUAUUGGACGAGACAUUUGAUAGAUGGCCGGAUAGUACAAUGUGAUCAAAGCAUAUCAUUGGCAGCUGGUUACAUGACUGAUGAAGUAACAGGUACUUCAGCUUUUGUUUUUAUGCACAAAGAAGAUGUGCGUUGGGUUAUCUGUGUACUUCGUCAAAUGUAUGAUCAGAGUCGAGAGUUUGGGGAAUCAUAUUACAGGUUAAUAUCUCGUUCUGGUCACUUCAUAUAUAUGAGAACUAAAGGAUAUCUUGAAAUUGAUAAAAAAACUAAAAAAGUUCAAAGUUUUGUCUGUGUUAAUACUGUUAUUGGUGAGGAGUUUGGAAAAAGAAUGAUGGAAGAAAUGAAACGAAAGUACUCAGUUAUCGUAGGAAUGGAUAAACAACAACAAGAAAGAGUGUUGACUUAUGAUGAUGCUCCGGUUGAACAUCCAAAGUGUCUUGAGCGGAUUGUAAUGCAUCUUGUGGAACCUUCCGUAAGUGAAAAUGUAGAUGAACUGAAGUUGGUGCCUCCUUCUAGAGAGAACAUAAUUUCUGCUAUCAAAAGCAGUGAGAAAGUGGUUCAAGAAACUGGUAUACGUUUUGAAUCAAGAAAAAGGAAAAAAAAUAAUAUAGAUGACAGCUAUGAGUAUUUAAAAAGGCACAGUGGAUUGUAAAAAAUUUAGAUGCUCAACUUCCAUCUAGAUAGAAAUUAUGUUUGCCAUC